AUGUUGCGUAGACCGCCUCGUGUCAAGUCGAAAAUUCUGAGCACGAACUCGAGCUCGCCCGCAUCCACGAUUCCCUUUCCGUGGCCAUUAGGAUCAAUUUUAAGAAUCUCUGAUUUCUUCUAUCCUAAACUUCUUUUAAUUCCUCUGAGUCUUCAUUGUGAGAGGAAAUGGAAUCAGAUUGUGUUACUCUUCUGCAUCAUGCUGAGCGAGGGCGCUCGAGGUAGGAACAGUGAGUACGGAGUACGGUGUCCCCACCAAUCUGUUGCUUUUCCAAUUCUGGGAUCGGGCCAAUCAGCGGAUCCUCAGCUGCUUCCUCUUCCACCGAGAGCCUCGCUUCGAGCUGCCUGUCUGCCAGUGCCAACUUUGGCAUGUUGAGCUACUGCGCUUGCCUGGUGCAGCCACCCUCUCAUUGGGCGCUUUUGAAUUUAACCAAAUAAUUUUAAAAUAAAUAUAUUUCUAACAUUUAAUAUAAUUUUCAUGAAUAUUCGCAUAAUCUUAUGUAAAAAUUUCUUGUGCGAAAAUAAAUAAUGCUAGGUGAAUACGGAACGAAAAUCAUCAUUGGUGAUAAUAAAAUUCCAGACAGUGUCUACUGGUACUAAAAGAUUCAUCUAUUUAUACAAAA